GAACAUGCGUAAAGCACGUGAUCUCCUGCGCUGCACUUCCUCAUGUCGUGAACAUAAACUCAAAGCCAGUUAAACUGAAUUCAGAAGUAUUGAUUACUCGAACAAGUUAUGUUUAGUAAAGUUAUUCGCUAUUAAGCGCAGGUCAGUGUCCGUUGAGACAUAUUGCGUUUCUGUGAGCGGUCAGAUGAUUUCUCUUCUGUUCCGGGUGCAGCAGGUUGGGUAAGACACUGAGACCCACCGUUUUUUUUGGUGUAUAAUGAACUCCCUUAAACAGAUACUGUGUACUAUUGGCCUGCUUCUCUGUACAGCUGAUGCAGACAAUGACAGAAAACCUAAUUUUGUCUUUAUGAUGGUGGACGAUUUAGGAAUUGGUGACCUUGGAUGCUACGGAAACACAACCCUCGGGACGCCUAACAUUGACAGGCUGGCCUCAGAAGGGGUUAAACUGACCCAACACAUAGCUGCUUCCCCACUCUGCACUCCCAGCAGGGCGGCCUUUCUCACAGGCAGAUACCCCAUCCGAUCAGGUAUGGCUGGACAUGGGCGUUUGGGAGUGUAUCUCUUUACUGCAUCGUCAGGGGGACUUCCGCGCGAAGAAAUCACCUUUGCCAGGGUUGCCAAAGAGCAAGGCUAUGCCACCUCUAUAAUCGGAAAAUGGCACCUGGGUCUCAACUGUGAAGAUAAUGCCGACCACUGUCACCAUCCAACCUCACAUGGCUUUGACCACUUCUAUGGUAGCAUUAUGACUAACCUUCGAGACUGCCAGACUGGACAUGGCUCUGUCUUCCAUGGUGUCCAUGCUCACAUACCCUACAAGGCCCUUAGUAUUGGUCCAAUCACCCUGGCUUUGCUCCAUAUUAUAGGGGUGAUAACUGUGCCCAGGAAAGUAGUUUUUGGACUUCUGGCCCUGGUAGGGUUGGUGGUGAGUAUCUUUUGGCUAAUGUUGUACACAUUUGCCAAUUUAAACUGCUUUCUCAUGAGAGGAGAGGAGAUUGUGGAGCAACCAUUUGCAUCUGAGAACCUCACACAGAAGAUGACCAAUGAGGCAAUAGAGUUUCUGGAAAGGAAUUCAGAGAAGACUUUCUUGCUCUUCUUCUCAUUCAUCCAAGUCCACACUGCACUCUUUGCCUCUCCUCCCUUCAGAGGGAGAAGCCAACAUGGUCUCUAUGGUGAUGCUGUAAUGGAGGUGGACUGGAGUGUAGGUCAGAUCAUGAAGACUCUGGAGCGCUUAAAAUUGAAGGAAAACACUUUGGUGUACCUGACCUCAGAUCAGGGUCCCCACCUGGAAGAGAUUUCCAUCCAUGGAGAGGUGCACAGGGGUUGUAGUGGCAUAUACAAAGCUGGUAAGUCAACCAAUUGGGAAGGUGGAAUUCGGGUUCCAGGGAUUCUUCAUUGGCCAGGUGUUGUACCUGCAGGGCAGGUCAUUGAUGAGCCCACUAGCAACAUGGAUCUUUUCCCCACAGUGCUGAAAUUAGUUGGUGCUUCGGUACCCAGCGACAGAGAUAUUGAUGGCCAUGAUCUCUUACCACUGCUGCAAGGGCAAGUGGAGCAUUCUGAGCAUGAAUUUAUGUUCCAUUACUGCAAUGCCCACUUGAAUGCUGUGAGAUGGCACCCAUCUGGCAGUAGCGCAAUCUGGAAGGCCUUUUUCUUUACCCCUAUCUUCUACCCAGAGAAUAGCUCUGCCUGCUUCCACACUCAACUCUGCUUCUGCAUUGAGCCUUUCAUCAUACGCCAUGACCCUCCACUGCUUUAUGACUUGUCGAGGGAUCCCUCAGAGAGCACCCCCCUGACCCCAGACACUGAGCCCAAAUUCUACUCAGUUCUUGAGGCUAUAAGGGCAGCAGUAAACCAUCAUACACAGAGUUUGAAGCCUGUCCCAGCACAGAUUUCACCUCAACACCUGGUUUGGAAGCCCUGGCUCCAGCCCUGCUGCUCUUCUCUCAGUCAGCUUUGCAAGUGUGAACGAGAUCAUCAGAUAGGGCAGCCAAGACAUGAGAAGCUUUAGAAAGAACAGACCAGACUGGAUCUCAAAAUCUGAGUUUCAGCUUGUAAAAAGGAACAGAAAUCCUUAAUUAGCUUGAAUUUGUGCAGACAUACUGUUAAUUUGUAUAUGAUAUAGUAACCUAACACAAUUCACAGUUAAAAUCUUCUUGAUGAUCCACUGUAAAGAAUGUGAAGAGCUAUAAAAACCCAUAGGGUUUAAUCGAAGGAUAAGAGAAUAAGGGGACAACAGAAGCAUUUUAAAUACUGCAGUGCACUUAUUUUCUACACUGCACUGCUGAAUUUGCAUCACAAGAUGGCACAUAGGGUUAGUUGUAUGACUGAAGAUAAGAUUUCUGGCAAUAGUUUUUGUGAACAUAGCCAGAGCACUGAGUUCUCUAUUCUAGUUUGGAGAUGUAUCAUCUUGAUUCAACACCGUAACGUCAGGAAUUUUAUGAGGUUGUAAUUGGUACCUCAAAACAUACGCUUUGAUCUAUAACCGGUAAUGGUGCUGUGAAGUUUUUUCUUUGUUAUUUUGGUAUUUUUGAUAUCCAAUCUGUUUUGCUUAUUUUUGCUUUUGACUAAUCAGGCUGCACUGAAUGGUUCACAAUUUCCUGCCAAACAUAAGAGGAUCUCCACACUUACAACAUCCCGUUCAUUACACAAAAAAUUAAAAAAAGGUUUGUAUAAUAAAAUAAAAAGAUGUUUUGUCUAAUGUUUUAAGA